UUGAAACCAACCCUAAGCUCUUUUUAUCUCCGCUCUAAAGGUAGCCCCGAUUAUUACUGACUUAAGCAUCGGAGUGUCUACCCCGAGUUCCACCUCGGGGCUUUGCAAGUCAAUCUGGAGUGCAGACGCGGACUGAAGAGGGACUUCUAGUUUGGUGCAAUUACAUUUGGCACCGUCUGUGGGAAUCCAAACUGGAAGCUUUCUUGUUGCUCUUUCAUAAUGGUUAACACUCAAUCAGUCUGAGCUGGAAAUUCAUCUCUGCCUCUUGGACAAGGUCAACCUCCCACCUCAACUCCCAUCUCAGCUCCCACCUCAGCUUCCACCUCAAAUCCCAAAUAUGUUCCCUCCUGUUGAUCAUGCAGAAAGAGGAGAUGAAAACCAACCUCAUACCUCGGCUCACAACUCAACUUCCACCGCCAACUAAGAUGUAGUUGCAGCUCAGCUUGCUGCCAUGCAACAACAGUUUGGUGUCUUUCAGCUAGUAUUGGCUCAGCUCUUAGCUUGGAGCAAUCCUGGUGAUCCCCUCAUUAAUUUACUCAACCCUGCUCAACAACCACCAACUCCACAGCAAAACCCUCAACCAGUUCAGCAUGCUCCUGCCCUUAGUGAAUCUCAAGGUCAAUCUCACAUAGCACCAGCUCAGCAACCCCUCCCUAACGAUGUCACUAGACAUCUAGACAGCUUAGAAAAGCUAGUAGCUGACCAGCGAGGUGCUCCACCCCAACACCAUGCUGCUGACUCAAUACCUCACCCUUUGAACACCAACAUCACACUAGAACCUUAUCCCGCUGGCUUCAAAAUACCUCAACUUGAGACUUAUGAUGGGACGAAGGAUCCCGAUGAUCACUUGCAUGCUUUCUACUCUUGCAUGCAAGCUCUACCUUCAAGGUCAAUCAGCUCUUAUAUAGAAAUGGCAUAUACUUUUGCCAUUAAGUUUUCCAAUAGAAGGUUGAUCAGGAAAACUACUUCUGAGUUGCUGAGAGUUAAACAGAGGGAUGGAGAAUCUCUGAAGAAUUAUAUGAGCAGGUUUAAUGAUGCAGUACUAGAGGUUAGUUCCUUCGACCAGGCUGUGGGGAUUGCAGCUGUGAUUUCAAGUCUUAACCAUGAUAGGUUCAGAGACAGUUUGAUCAAACAUCCUGCCACCACCUUUAGCGAGGUGAAUGAUAGGUCCUUAAAAUUUAUAACUGUUGAGGAAUACGCCCUGGCGCAGAACUCAACUCCCUCUAAGAACCAAAACCUAGACUGGAGAGAUGAGAAUCCAAGCAAGAAAAAGAUGAGGAUGACACAGAACCAAGGUAAACCUCCAGUUAAUUGGACUCCUUUUAAUUUGCCGAGGUCACAGAUUUUCAUGCAGAUUAAGAACAAGAUGGAUUUAAGGCGUCCUGACCCAAUGAGAACUACUGCUGCUAGCCGAGAUCAUACUAGAUAUUGUGAUUUUCAUCAAGAUCACGGUUAUACAAUAGAGCAAUGCAACAGCUUAAGGUCCGAACUAGAAAGUCUAGCUCAGAAAGGAAUGUUGAAUGAGUACAUUCAGAAAGCUGAACAGCUGAGGUUUGUCAGAGAACAGAGGCCACAGCCUCAAGGAGUCCGCAAUCCACCAAACAGGCAAGGCGUGGGAUAUCAGCAAGCCCUACCUCCACUCCGACCACCAGCUAGAAUCAUACAAAUGAUUACAAGAGGCCUGGAAGCAGUUGUUACACCCCACAAUGAUCCUUUGAUCACUUCUAUCACGAUUAACAAUUGUGAGGUGCAACGUGUCCUUGUUGACACAAGAAGUGCACCAGACAUCAUGUACUUCCAUUGUUUUGAGAGUCUUGGGUUGGAUCCAACUUUGUUGCAGCGGUAUGAUGGUCCCAUCUAUGGAUUCAACAACCAACCAGUUCCAGUUGAAGGAAUCCUAACCAUGAAUGUUGCAUUUGGAAGUGACCGAAAUUAUGUGAUUCCUUCAGUUCGAUUUCUAGUAGUCAAGAUGGCAUCCUCUUUCAAUGUUGUCAUUGGCCAACCCACGCUGACUGAAAUCCGAGCUGUGGUUUCCCAGUCUCACCUAUGCAUGCAGUUCCCAACUCCUAUGGGAAUAGCAACACUGCGGGAUAACCGACUAGAAGAUGAAACCAGAGCUGCUCCAAUUGAAGAUGUUGAAGAAGUGCCCAUUGAUAACAGAGGUCUAAGCCGAAAGACGCAAAUUGGAACUAGAUUGAACCCGGAGGAAAGAGCAGAGCUAAUAGCUUUUCUUCGAGCUAACAAUGAUGUCUUUGCAUGGACCUCGGCAGACAUGCCAGGAAUUCCACCCUUGGCUAUAAAGGAAGAGGUAGAGAAACUUCUACAAGCUGGUUUCGUCAGAAAAGUUGAUUAUUGCGAAUGGGUGGCUAACCCAGUCCUGGUGAAUAAGGCAAAUGGAAAAUGGCGAAUGUGUAUUGACUACACAAAUCUCAACCAAGCCUGCCCCAAGGAUUGCUAUCCGAUGCCGAGCAUUGACAAAUUGGUUGAAGCGGCUUCAGGUGCUACUUAUCAGAAAAUGGUGACCAUCGUCUUCCAAGCUCAGAUCGGCAGGAAUUUGGAGGUUUAUGUCGAUGAUAUUGUGGUAAAGAGCCUGAAAGCAGGAAACCAUCUAGCUGAUCUCGAUGAAACUUGUAACAAUCUUAGAAAGAAUAGAACAUGGUUAAAUCCAACCAAAUGCAUCUUCAGCAUGGAGUCUGGAAAGUUUCUAGGCUUCAUGGUGUCCCGAAGAGGGAUUGAAGUCAAUCUAGAGAAGAUCAGAGCAAUCGUCGAGAUGGAACCGCCGAAGUCAGUAAAAGAUAUACAAAGGUUGAUUGGAAGGGUGGCAGCUCUUCACCGGUUCAUAUCGAAGUCAGCAGAUAAAUGCCUGCCAUUUUUCAAGAUUAUGAGGUUAGCCGCCCAGAAGGAUGAAUCGGGUAAACAGAAGAAGUUUGAGUGGAACCAAGAAUGCCAAGCCGCAUUCGAAGAGCUGAAGUCUUAUCUUAGCUCACCACCUCUACUGACUAAGGCCAUAGAUGGAGAGAUUCUCUAUUUGUAUUUGGGAAUUUCAGGUGAAGCCAUUAGUUCGGUUCUGGUGAGAGAAGAAGCCAAACAACAGAAGCCAAUCUAUUAUAUCAACAGUGUGCUGCAUGGUGCAGAACUGAGAUCGACAAUCCGAGCUCAAGCACUAGCAGAUUUUAUUGUCGAGUGCACUCCAUGUCAUUUAACCCCUAAUCCAAAGCUCAACAACUGGACCUUAUAUGUUGAUGGGGCAUCUAGUAACAAGGGUUCAGGAGCUGGUGCCCUCUUAAUUGGCCCAGAUGGAUACCGAAGUGAGCAUGCUUUGAAAUUUAACUUCGAUGCAACAAACAACAUGGCUGAGUAUGAAGCCUUGCUACUUGGUCUGCAACUAGCAUUAGAGUUGAAAAUCAGUGCGAUCCAAGUAUACAGUGACUCCCAGCUGGUGGUGAACCAAAUUUACUCAAUCUGCGAGGCCGUUGAUCUUAUGAUGGCAUAUUCACUUUCUAAGUUUGCCUCUGAUAACUCUUUAAGUUCCAGAUCAGUUUUUGUGGAGGUCUUAGAUGAACCAAACUUCAUGAAGCUACGAAUGAUGGAGAUCAGCACGAACCCAAACACGCCGAGCUGGACUAAUUCAAUUAUCUUCUUUCUACAAGACGGGACAGUACCUGAAGACAAGCAAGAAGCAAUGAGGUUGAGGAAGAAAGCAUCUUGGUAUACGCUUGUUGAUGGGGUCCUCUAUAAGAGAUCUUUCUCACUCCCCCUUCUACGAUGCUUAAACCCCUACGAAGCUGAGUAUGCACUUCAGGAGGUACAUGAAGGUGUCUGUGGGAGCCACAUUGAGAUGCCCGAAAUGCCAAUUCUUCGCACAUCUGACUCACCAACCAGCAGAAGAACUCACAAACUUGAUAGCACCAUGGCCAUUUGCUCAGUGGGGACUGGAUCUUUUGGGCCCAUUCGUGAAAAGGCUUGGUGGUGUAACCCAUCUGAUUGUUGGCCCACGCCAAAAUGGGUUGAAGCUCGGCCAUUAUCCAGUCUUACCUCCAAGAAGGUCGAAGACUUUGUUUUCAGCUCGAUCAUUUGCAGAUAUGGGAUCCCGAAUCAGAUUCUGGCUGAUAAUGGAACUCAAUUCAAUUGCUCCUCAUUUCGAGAUUUUUGUGUCAGCUAUGGGAUCAAAUUGCAGUUUACCUUGGUUUACCAUCCAGAGUCCAAUGGUAUGGUAGAGUCUAUUAAUAAAUGUAUUAUAGAAGGAAUAAAGCUGAGGUUGGAACAGCACAAGGCCAAGUGCGCAAAUGAGCUCAACAACGUCUUCUUGGCAUACAGAACAACGAGCCAAACUGCCACAGGCGAAACACCCUACCACUUGGCCUUUGGUACCGAAGCAGUCAUUCCUAUUGAAAUAGGAGUCCUAAGCUUCCGUGUCAUCCAUUUCAAUGAAGGCCGAAAUGGACAACUGCUUUGGGAAAACCUUGAUCUGCUUGCCGAAGUCAAAGAAGAAGCACGGCUUCUAACUCUUGUAUACAAGCAGAAAUUAGCCAACUUCUACAACAAACGAGUCCACCCUCAAACAUUGAAAGUAGGAGACCUUGUUCUCAGAAAAGCUAGCCUAACAGGGUUUGAAACUCGUUUUGGCAAACUCGCCCCGAAUUGGGAAGGCCCUUAUACUGUGGCCGAGGUGCCACAUCUUGGUGCUUAUGUCCUCCAAGACGCUGAAGGAAAGAGAGUUCCUAGAGUUUGGAAUGUCAAUAACUUGAAGAAAUUUUACCCUUAAUAAAAUUCUUUCAAGUGAUCUAUGUCCUCCUGCUCUUUAUACUUAUUACUUCGUGAUUGUUAAGAUUCAGUUUACCUCUUAUUCUAUAUAUCCGAAGUCAAUCUAUUUAAUACUCAUUCCUUGAACGUCACUCCUAUUAAUGAAUGUCACUUCGCACA